GGCCGGGCGGAGGCGGCGGGCGGGGCCGCGGCCGUCGGUGCGCGCUCGCCUUCCGCCUCGGAGCAGCGGGGCGGCCGCGGUCAGGCCUGUGCCGGGGCGGCUGUGGCACCGCCGUCGCUGCUCUUCGGCUGCGUAACUCUUCCCCCGGCCCCUCCCUUCCCUUCCCCUCGGGUCCAGCGGCGGCGAUGGGUUCCCGGGCGUCCACUCUGCUGCGGGACGAGGAGAUCGAGGAGAUCAAGAAGGAGACGGGCUUCUCCCACAGUCAAAUCACCCGCCUGUACAGUCGCUUCACCAGCCUGGACAAAGGAGAAAAUGGCACUCUUAGCCGUGAAGACUUCCAGCGGAUUCCAGAGCUUGCCAUCAAUCCACUUGGAGACAGAAUUAUCAAUGCCUUCUUUCCAGAAGGAGAGGACCAGGUGAAUUUCCGUGGAUUCAUGAGGACACUAGCCCACUUCCGACCCAUAGAAGAUAAUGAAAAGAGCAAAGACCAGAAUGGACCAGAACCACUGAACAGCAGAAGUAACAAGCUCCACUUUGCUUUUCGAUUAUAUGAUCUAGAUAAAGAUGACAAAAUUUCCAGGGAUGAGCUUCUCCAGGUAUUACGGAUGAUGGUUGGUGUAAAUAUUUCUGAUGAACAGUUGGGCAGCAUUGCUGACAGGACAAUCCAGGAAGCUGAUCAAGAUGGAGAUAGUGCCAUCUCCUUUGCAGAAUUUGUGAAGGUUUUGGAGAAGGUGGAUGUAGAGCAGAAAAUGAGCAUUCGAUUCCUUCACUGAUGGAUGGAGAGCCUAUUCCUUUCUACUCCAACUAUGUAAUGAAUAGAACUUCAUUUUCUCCUUAGCACCAUACCCCAGAGCAUUGCUACUGGUGCAUAUACAAUACAUCUCCAACCCCUCCCUGAUUUGUUCUACCAAUGUGAACAUUCCCUGUGCAACAGGAACAAAGGGAAAUGGCUGCCAUGCAACUUGGAAAAGGAGCUUUUUUAAUCCUGUCCAUCCUGGGGUUUUUGCCCUUUCUCUUGUCUCCUUCUGCACUACUGUUUCGGUAAAAAUAUCUCUCCUUAAACACUACUGUUUAAUCUACAAACUGAUUCUUCUGAGCUCUGAAUCUGAGAAUGGAAAAACAGGAAUAUGCCACAGAAGUGCCCUCUGCAAUGUUUCAGAGACAAGCAUCUACUCAAAUACUAGGUGCAUUGGUAAUUAUUCACUUUUGCCACAUUACAGCUGCCUUUUUUAAAAAAAAUAUUGUUGCCCCUUUCCCAUUUGGCUCUUUACAUGCAGACUUGUUUCUUCAGUGCUUCUAAGUCUGCCUUUUACUUGAGAACUUCUCAACUUCUAUGGCUUCUUGUACAACUAGCACAAAUGCAUGAUGAUAGCUAAGAGUACUUUAAAGUACUGUGAAUAGAUUUUGUUCUUUGUGGGAUGAAUUCACAGGGACAAUAGUAGAAUCUAUGGUGGGGACAGGCUGUGGGAUGAAUUCACAGGGACAAUAGUAGAAUCUGUGGUGGGGACAGGCUGUGGUAUUCUCAAAAGGAAUAGGAAAUCUGCACUAUGUCACUUGAACUGUUCUAGCAGCAGAGGCAGAAACUUGUUUCUUUCCUUUGCAUAGCUUGCAGGCUUGACAGCCGGUGGACUAUGAAGUGUCUUCUCCAGAUUGUUUUUGUCUAAGAUCCCUCCCUUCCUCAGGGUGGUUUUGCUUCUGAAAGUGUAAAUUUGUUUACCAGUGUACAAAAUGCAAGAAAACCAGUCAUGCUAAAAUCUGGAUUUGUAGUUCUGUUUUGCUCCCUGGUAACAGUGUCAUGAAACACGAAAUCGUGAAACUGAUUUCAUAGGGCUUUUUCCCAAUUAUAGUGGCCUGCAUAAUGAGUAACUAUUUAUAUUUUCAAGUAUGAAAGUCCUGGUCUGUUAUAUUUGUGUUCAGGGUGGUAGCUGUAUAUAAGAAAGCUCUGGAUAAGAAUACAAUUUGGGAAAGAUCAUAUUAUCCCAGAUUUUUCAGAAUGUAUUUCUAUAAAAAUCUCUCAAGUGUAAGAUGAUUAAUACGACUAAUGUAAUGCUGAUAAAUUCAAGAGAUCUGUAUCCUCGAAGGUUCAGUAGUAACUAUUUUCUGUGGCUAGAUUGACAUAUGAUCUCGUGUAGUUCAGCUGGAGCAUUCCACAAUCUGGGAGAUACUUCCAAUAAAACCAAAAAAUCCUGGGGAGCUUGUUUAUUGAAGAAUCGGUGUUAUAACUGCUUCUCUGUCGUGUGUUAACAUUUCUAUAAAUACUUACCAGUCUCAAAACUACUGUUAAAUGUGCAUUUCCUUUUUUCUCAGUUUCUUCAGUCAUCACUUUCGUUGAAAGAUAACACGCAAGUCUCUGAAGGAUUUUUGAUUUGUUAUAAAUAAAGGAAUUCAAAAGUAAAAUGUUGCACUUCAUAGUUUUGCAGAGUGCAGCACAGUUCUGGAAGGAAAUGUAAAUGAAAAAGCUCUACUCUGUAUGAGAAAGAAACAUUAUACUUUUAUAACUGCCUCAUGUAAAAUAGGAAUGUAACAGUGCUAAUGAAAAGUAAAAAUUGCUUGUAGGCUUUGUGAUUUGCUUAGAGGUAGGUGUUGCUGUCUUCUGACGCUAUAGCUGUAACCUACAGUUGUGCCUUACUGUCCCAGUGAGACUGGAUAUUGUAUUUAUCAAUCCAUAAAUAAACCUUCACUGUAUAAACAAAAACCAAAACCAAACCAUCCCCCAGCUCUUCUUGUAGGGCAACCAACUAUCCUUUAAUUACUGGAUAAAGCUAAAUACCAGUAAAAGAAUGGUGCUAGCAGGUUUUACAGAUCAGUUUCCUAUAACUGAUAGAGUGUUAUUUAUUUUCAGAGAUUGAUAAUCCUUUAUUCUGCUGGCAAACCAGUGCAAAACAUGAGCUGCAGAAGAGGACACGCAAGGCUCGUUUGUGACAUUUGUUCCUACAAGCUCCCACCUCAGAUAUUUUUGCUAAUGUGCUUGAAGGUGAACACAAAUGAUCUAACAGAUGUACUGCAAAAAAAAAAAAACCCUCAUAACACAAUCGAUCAAAGAACAACCAAACUUGCUACAAUAAAAAAAAAAGAUUUUCAACUAUCAGUAUCUAACUUUGCCAUUAGCAGAAUAAAUCACAUGCAAAUAAAUAUCUUACUCAAUAUUCUGAAAACUGUAUAUAUAACAUACAGUUUAAAAGGUGGUGGACAGAAAGAGGUGUUUUAGAGACUGAGAUCUUAAAUUUGUUAAAUUUAACUAAGCUGUACAGAUACAAGCAAAUUUCCACUAAAGUAGUAUUUUUACCAUACCUGGUUGCUUAUAAAAGUGUUUUGUCUUGAGAAAGGUCAUCUUGAAGGUGAACAUGAUGGCAGCUCAGAGAUGGAGCUGCUUAAUAUUUCAUCUUUGUCUUUUGAAAAAGUAGUACAAGGGAUAGGAUUUUAAAUAGAGGUGAGCCAUUCUCCACUCUACUGAGGGAUAGUCUCUUCAAAUCUGCAGCCAUGAGUUUGAGACUGGCUGGAGGCUUGACUGCCAAAAUAUGUGGUUGCAACAGGUUACCAGAGUAUUGUGAAGAAAGCAGAAAUAGGUUUGAUAUCUAAUCAGUACUGAAACCUGUAGGCCCCUUAGCUUGGCAACAAACAGGAAAAGAAAAGAAUCCAAAUAAAGGAUUUGACUCACGAAGAGCAGGGGUAAAAAUUAUGUUCUGUAACUGUACAAUGGAACAUAAGAACCUGCUUUUGGUUUCUUUGAAUGUGGAGCUUUGGUUGUAAAUAGAAUGUGGGUAUAAUAUUGGAGUUAGCAAAAGCGUUUCAUUGCAGUCUGCUCUAAAACGUGACGCGGCAGAAAAGCGUUGUAUUAAAUGUUUGAACACACGUGUAAAGAUUUGGAGUGAAAUAGUUUGUAGUGAUCUGGGAUGAAUCAUGGUGAGACGGGGGUGUUUCUCGACAGUUUUCUGAAUGGGUACGUACUCCUCUUCACACUCUUCAAUGCAUCCACCCAGCAGCUAGAAGUGCAAAAUUACCGCUGCUAAAAAAAAAUUAUUAUUAAAAAAAAAAAAAAGCAGAUGACAGAAACCCGGCCGAAUGGCGGAAGGCAGAAGGACUGAAGGCCGCCUUUGGGAGCAACCACGAUGCUCGGUGAGCUCAGCAGGUGCUGUAGGGCCGCCGGACCGCGACCCUCCCCGGCCGGCUGUGCGGGCGGCUGCUCAGCCCGGCCGCCCUUGCGGAGCGGCCCCUUUAAAUCGCCGUGGAGGUCACCGCAGGACUCGCCCCGGGCCAGUCCCGCUCGCGCCGCCCGAGCCAAUCCCUUCGCUGUGCCCUGCCCGGGGCCAAUCCGAGCGGGCCGCCUUGGAGGCGGGAGGCCAGUCCCGUGAUGGACGGCGCUGCUGGCCAAUCGUCGCCAAUACCGAAGGGCUGAUGCACGGGCACGGCACCCAAUAGGCUCGCGGUCGAGUGGGCGGGCCCGGGCGCAGCGAGCCCCCGCCGGGAGGCCGGGGGAAGGAGGGGAAGAUGGCGGAGUGAGGGGCGGAGGAGGCGGAGUGGCCGGGCCGGCCGCGGCCCCGCGGCUUCGGCCGCGCUCAGCUCACUGAAGAGGAUGUGGAAUGAUCAAAAAUAAUGCUCUCCAGGUCUGUUUUUCCACAUCUUCAUAAGAAUAAGACUUUCCCAACAGUCUGAGUGUCGAUGGUCAACAAUGAUCAGCUGAAAUAUUUGAGUGACUCAAGAGAGAUAUCGAUAGUGACAUGUACUAGAUUUCCAUUUUCACGGUCUACUCACUGCUUCUAAUGUAGGAGCUGAAAAUUGUCACUGGAAGACUAUUUCUGGACUUGAUCAACGGAAUGGCUAAGAGAUCCCCUCCUAAGAAGGUGGUCCUCUUACUUGCUCAAAGGCUAUGAAAUGUGGAUAUUUCUCUUCUAGCAAGCAAAACCCGUCCUUCAUUUCCAUGGAGCUGAAUGAACAAAGGUCUGUUCACUUCUGUUUGAAUCAUCUCACCAAACAUUUGAUUCACCAGAUGACUUCCCCCACGGAAGAAGCCCACUGUUUUAUCAAAACUCAGAAGCAGAGUAACAGAAAUCAACAUUUGUUUUCCUGAAAAAAUGUCUUCUGUGCCAGCUUUUCAUUCAGCUUUCUGCAUUCCGUUUUAAAACGAAAAAUACUUUGUAAUCAGAUAUAAGCAGAAGCUGGUGUUUUUCACUGGUAUUUCCUUCUUAACUUUAGGAAGGUUAAGUACUUUGCUGUGUCAAAUUGGAAUUCCUAGCAGACAAAGCGUCUACAUGCAUUGCUGUGUCAGACUGACCUGAUAUAUAUGAAAAGUUGCAGCAGGAAAACCAGAAUGUUUUCUGCUCUGACAUGAGGAAGAAGCUUACCAAACAACUAGGGGCAUCUCAUACAGGUAUUUUCCAGUCCAGGUCCCAGGCCUGACUUUGUAGAUAGGUGUGAACUCACAUGACACAGCUAAUGCACAAGAACAAAUACAGAAUCACCUUGUCCAUGCUGUGUGUCCCAGGCUAUGAUCAAAAUGUGUAUUUGCAUGUGUGGACCUCUGUAAGUGCAGGAUAUGAAGAGCUUUCACCUGAAGAAGAAAUUACUCUGCACCAUUUCAUUUUUAGCAAAGAAAAAUGAACCUUUGAAGGCCUCUGGGGUAACAGGAUAAUGACUAGGUUUGCAUUAUAUCAUUACCUUCCUCAGGCUUUUAAUGAAUCCUUAGCAUCAAAAGGAACAAGACCAUUCUACAGUAGAAGAGAUGGGCAGAACAUCUUUCUUUAUUCUAGAAAUUAACUUCUUAUGGGAUUGAAGAGACCAGAGCUGUAAAGUCGCAGUUUCUCUACCUGGCUUCCUCAACACAAUUUCAGCUUUUCCUACUGCUGAUGAAAUCUCAUUUUUUGAUUCUUUCAUGCCUGAGAGGACCUGUAUGUUUCCUCCAUCUAGGUAGAAAUAGGCCCAAGAAAAUGGAAUGUUAGCCACGUAAGAGGGGUGAGUUGAGAGCAGAAAUACCUAGUUCAGUCCUUUUUCUGGCUCUUCUUAUUCCUUCCCAAACUAAGGCACAAUCUGGUUGUUCUCAUGUUUACACAAGAUUCUUUGUCUAUGUAAUUUGUGAUUAUAUAGGAUUUUUUCUGUCAUUCUGGGAUGGGAGCAUAUAUUGUUUACGUGCUCCCUACUAUGGGAUUAUCUAUAAUAAGUAAGGUUUUUGGCAAAAAACUACCAGAACUGGGAUAUGUAUUAUAUUCCAUCUCAAAUCUGAAACUCUUUUUAGUGCACCUUAUUCCAAGCUUGUGAUUUAGAAAUGUGGCUUGCUAGCUUAAAGUAUGGGAGAUACUAAAAUGGUUGGGGAAGUGUUCUAGAUUUCUUGUUCUAUUUUUCCUUUUAGAAAACUGCUGGAGAGAGCCAGACAGCCUGAAAAUAGCUGAAAAAGCAAACAAUUGAAAUCCUUCUUAAAUCUUGGUGAUUGAUUGCCAGGGCAGCAUUCUAGUAUCAAAAAUGUGACAUUUUAUGGGACCAAGUUCCAUAGCAGAGUGAGGACAAGUGUUGAUGUUGAUCCUAAUUGUCCAAGUAAUGUCUGUGUUUAGACUUGUUUUGUAACAAUAGGAUUUAAUGACAGCUUUACCCGUUUUGUGUUUCCAUGAAGCAAAGAGCAGACAUGUAAGCUUUAAGAGUGGUGGGCAGGGCGCUGCAUAUCAAGUAAUGCCAACUUUAAUGAGCAGAGAGGUGCUCUAAAAUUGUGUGUAACAUUGUGGUGAGCUGUGUGACAAGAGUUAACAUUGAGCUUGAUGAGGCAACCACCUGCUUGGCCUGACUUUGCUGAAUAUGGUCUGAACUUUCUGGCAUUGGAGGCAGCUAAAAAAGCACACUUUGUUUUAGGGCCUCCUUAUGUUGAAGUCAAUAGGAUUUAAUGGAGAUGUCUGUAGAAGCAGGAUCCAUCUCUAAGUGAUGGAAAAUACUGUCAAUAUCAUAGGAUUACAGUGGUUGGGAAGUAUGUGGUAUAAGAAAUGUCUGAUUUUAGAUCUGGGAAUUUUCUUCCUUCUGCCCAUACUUACCCCUCUGAUGUUAGAGAUAGCAGUUGUUUCUUGCACAGCUUGAUGACAAGACAGGAAGGUAUUUUUGUUUUCUGUGGACAUGUACAAAAAUUGCAAAUUUGCCUGACUAGAGAGCUGAUAAUCUAAGCUCCUUAAACUCAUUAUUUUGUUACCUGGCAUUGUAACAAAAAAGUAGAAUUACUGAUUUUUUUCCUAACUCCUAUUCAUGACAGUGUAGCAGCGUUAGUUUUUGAGUUUAAUUUUAGAACAUCAGGAUUUUCCUAGAUAAAGGAUCUGCGGCUUUGACAGAAGUAAUACUCCAACAGUGCAUGCCCACAAGACCCCCUUGGUGUACCUUCCUGGCCAGCACCUUUAAAGAGCUGCUGUGUUUGGAAAUGCUGCUUCAUCUGACUCACUCUUCCUUGCUCCGCUUUUUCUUUGUGUUGGUUGGAAAUCUUCCCAUGUGAAAGAUUACAAAAACAAGGGGCAUGUGCAAUAGCUCAUAUAUAUAUAUAUACAUAUAUAUAUUUUAAUACUUGUGGACAAAAUGAUGUUACAAGUUGUUUGAAAACAACAAAAUCACCAAUGUCUUCCAUUUUGAGAUGUGUAUAGUUCCAUAAGCAUUAGUGCUUUGUAGCAAACUGUAGUGCCAUGUUAGGACCAGUGCAUGAGCCUAGUAGUAUUUUUACAAUUUCUGAGUGACAAAUUUAUUAGUAAACAGUGAUGAUAAUGUAAUUAACACUAGAAAGGAUACAAUAGGAAUGUCACAAACGUGGUCUAAACAUGCAGUAUCCUCCCUUUGACAAUGGCAAUGCUAUCCUUAGAAAUGGAACUCAUUCACUUAAUGGGCUUCAUAGAAUCAUAGUUGACUUUUUGAUAUUUGUCUGUCUGUCCAACUGCAGUAGUAAGCUAGAGUAUGCAAGUAUCCAUAAUUCUCAUCCCUAUCAGUGUGAUUCUUUUCUUUUAAAUCUUUGUUGUUUUCUUCCAUUUUCAACUUUAUUGAACCAUCUAUUACCCAUCCUGUCAUAUACUCACAAAAGUAUGAAUAUGCUAAGGAGUUUGUGUGCAUUGUGUACACAUCUCUUACCUUCAGAUAAUUUACAAAGUCUGUUAAGUAAUCUUGUCUCUUUUUCACAUCUGACUCUAUGAUUGUUAUAGCUAGCAAAACAUUAUCCUCAUUGUGUGAUAAGUUAAUAGUUGCAAAAUGUGAUGUGCUAAUUAUGCAUAGAAGACUUUCCUCCAUUACUGCAGGAAUGGGGAACCUUUUUUGGCUGAAAUUCUAUUGAAUCUUAAAAUAACUUUGGUGGAUCCUGCAUUUACAUACAUCUUAGUAAGAGAGAAUACAUGAAAGUCAAAGGCUGUUGGAAAAUGAUGUUGCAAGCUGUAUCUGUGCAGCAGGCUGUCUCUAGCCAAUGGAUCAGAGAUUCCCCACCCCUGUAUUAUUGAGAAUUCAGUAUCUUCUGUUUUAGGUAACUUCCAGUUUUGCUUUCCAGCUCUAAGCUCAAUUUUAAUGAUUUCUGUCUCUCCCUCUGUUUUUUUCAGAAGGAAAGUUUAGACCAGGGAAGUAAAAUUGAUUUAGCACUCAAUGGACAGCUUGGACUGGUCGAAUAGGAGACUGGUAUGAUUCUUGAGAUGUGCAUUGCUCUGUGGAUGGCAUCCUCUGAUUUCCUAGGAAUAAGUCUUUUAUUUGAUGCCAGUGCUGCUCUUCACCCAUUUCUCUCUUUCAGCUUAGAGAGGAUACUGCAUCUUUUUUUCCUGAGACCUGCCUGUAAAUGGCCAUUAGGGGGAGGGAGGGAAUGGGUAGCUUGGUUUUGUAAUUUUGGUACGAUAUAUCUUUAAAGUAAUUAAUCAAGAAGCAUGUACUUCAGUGCAAUGACAGUAAUCCAGGCAGAGUUAAUGUAUGUAACAGGGAAAAAAAAAACCCAACAAAACCAACCAAACAACCCUCUGCAUCUAAUAAAUUUCUGAGAAAAUUGGACAGGUGGGCCAUUUACAGCAGAGCUCUGGGGGACCUGUGCUAAGAGUCAGGUUCAAUUCUAAAUGGACAUAGCUGUACCAUUGAAUAAAGUAGUUUAGUGCUUGGGAGAAUCAAUUGAAAAAUACCUCUGAAACUGGAAUGCAAAAUAGCACAGUAUGUAGGGGGAAGAAUCCCUGAUGCAAACAAAGCCAUAAGAUGAUUUAUUAAGAAAAUAGAACUUUAGUAGCAAUAACUGUUUUGCAUGUGAUAGUAAAUAACUUGCAUUAGCAAGACUGUACAGUAGAGUAAGUGGGUAAUAACCAAAUAAGUUUGUGGCGCUCUGUGCUGCAGGGAGUUGUGUGAAGAGUCUUCCUGAGAAGAAGGGUGAAUUCUUCUUAUGUUCCUCUCAUUGGAGGGAAUUUGGCACUUGAAUACUAAGUUAAUGAACUUGAUAUAUAUAUUAAAAAAAGAAAAGAAAAAUUAGCUUUGCCACAUGUCUGAAGCACUGUCAGUGAGUGCUGGGGGAAGGGCAGACAGUUCUCUUUGAAAGGAUAGCUGAAGUUUUUCUUUCUCUGUAGCCUAGUACUUGCUCUAUUUCUCUGAGAAACUAAACUUUUCCAAAUACUGUACUGUGAAGAGAACCUGAUUCUAAAGUGAGAAGUUUUUGUGGUGGGAAGUGAUUUUUGUUUUCUUUCUUUAUCAAGACCAAUCUGAGGUAGUCUUUAAAUAAAAAAAAACUGAAAACAUUAGAGAGCACUUGACCCUCAAAACAUUUGUGCAUGCCAAGCACAACUGUAGAAUUCUAAAGAUGCUACAACAGAAAAUGAUUUCGGCUUUGCUAAACACUGUUUCAGACCACAAUUGAUUUCAGUUGAUGCCUGAAGUUUUGCAGAGGAAAGUACUGUGAAGCCUCUGGUAACACAAAGGGUUAUUGAUCUUUACCUGUAGAUCUACAUCCAAAAAAUUAUUUGCCAUCAAAGGGUUGCAUAAAAGAGCCACAGGAGUUCUAAACUGUUCCUAGUUGACACUUUUCAGUGUAGAUACCUCAUCAAUGGACACAGUGAGCCCCAACAUAUAGUAGUGUAUUCUGAACAGAAUCAGAGGUUUAGAUCAGUCUGGCUGCAUUUCUUCUGCAAAGCUGAAGUAAUUUAGUCUGUUAAGCUUCCAGCUUAAUGGAAGCUUCUUGUGUUUUUAAAGCAUGGGGGUGAAGCACUUUGGUUCUUCAUAAAUGGAUAGUGGAACUGUGAGGGCUGUGAGCAUUUUUGCAGUAUAAAGGAACAGGAUAAGCAUGAGACUGUCUAAAUUAAGUGUUGGCUAAUAUGUAAUAUGCUUAUGAAAACUAAUUGAUCUGAAAGAUUAUAAUCAGCUUAAAUUCCAACUGUUGAUUUUUUGAUAAAAUUGGAAGCUGGCCAUAGGGGACCUUUAUUUGAUUGCUCUCUGAUUACAUCAGAGAAAUUAUGAAAUCUGUGAUCAGCAAGUACAUUUACAUAAUAAUGAAAUUAUAAUGAAAACAAAGUCAUAUUCAUGCUUCAGAAGUAUGAACUUUGUGGCUGAACAGAAUUAUUCUAGGGUAUAUCCACUCAGAACAGAGGGGAGGAAAUAAAGACUGAUGUAGCCAGGCAAGCUAUCUACAUAUACUUCCCAGUUCAGGCUUUUAGUAAGGAUCUGAAUUCUGUGGGUUGCUGACUAGGAAUUACUAUUCACAGCAACAAAAGGAAUCCCUUUGCCUUUCAGCUCUUGUACUAUGGCAUGACUUUUGCUUCAGCCUCCUUGCUUUAACAGCUUCUAAACUGAAGUGGAAGUGUCAGGUGCUGCCACUCUUGAGUGUGGUAUAUCAAAAGGUAUAAUGACCAGUAUGGACAUGCCUCCUUUAGCAGUACUAAACCCAGAUGAUACAAAUAUGUUCUGUUUGUAUAUCCAGUAGUGCUGCUGCAGAAGGUCUAGCCAGUACUUGUGUUGGGAAUUGUACCUUCUGAAACUGAGGGUAUUUGUCAAAUUGAUGAGAAAAAAUAAAGUCUUGCAAAGACUUCUUGAUAGUAAGUCAGAAGAAAUUGUACUGAGCUUGAGGAUACUGACACUUUACAUGAGGAUUACAUUGUCAGGAACUGGCAGUCUGGCUUUUUGGGGGGCAGAAAAGGAAAAAAUAUUGAAGGUAGAACUAUAACAAGUCUUAGAAAUUAGUGCUUCUUGCAUCCUUAGGAAACUGGCUGGUCUUCCUCCAAAACUAAUAUUCCUGCUUGCUGAUCAGGUACAGAGCUUCAAAAUGACAGUUCAAGUUACAUUCCAUUGGAUUUCUUUCGUGGAACGAUCCGGCAUUUUGCCCCUGUAGCACUUUGACUGGCGCACAAAAGCCAACAGUUGAAUCAGGGUGUCUUGUUCAACAGUGCAGAACACUAACCAUGGAUUCUGAUGUCUGUUCCCUUUCAAUCUCUACACUUCCUCCUGCAUUUUAGAGAAAGUGUCAGUGUUCAUGAUGUCAGCAGAGCACGUUUCUGUCUCUGAGCCUAUGUACCGGGUUAUAAAUAGACAAACUCGCAAGACUUUUACCCCAGCUAAAGUUAAAGAUAGAAGGUAACUUUCUGUUCAGUGUGUCCUAUGUAAAUCCUGUCUGCUUCUCUCCACUUCCCCUCCAAAUGAGUGUGUUUGCAGGUCAAAUAAAAGGCAGGUAGUUUGUAAUGCCUUAGGCAUGAAGAACUGCAUGGAGAAACUGAAGGAAAGCGGCACAGGCCCACAAACCAAAUCUUAGAGCUAGUAUUCUAAUUAUGCAUGAUUCAAAAUGUCUAGUGUAAUGUAGUUAUUACCAGUAAAUUGAGAUAUGCAUUUAUACAUAAUGAAGCAAUAGGAAUUAAUAUACCAAUAGCUUGAACUUCCUGCUUUGAUUCUCAAAUUUUGGGUUUUUUUAGAGAAUGUGCUGCCUCUGUAGAGAAGGGGGCAGAAUGUAUAGAUAGGGACAGAAGCAUGGCACCAAAACUGUAAAUUGGGACCCGGGAUCAGCAGAGCUCGCCUUUAUAACCUCUAGUCUGGUUCAUAUCACUGUCCUGAGCAUGUGAAAAGCAGGGCAUGAACUAAGCAUGUUUAGAGGCGAGAUGAGGUUUCUCACCUGCUGCAGCUGUAGCAAGGAAAAGGGUGCAGAGUUUCUUACAUGGUGCAGGGGAGCGACUGGUGGGAAGGAAAAAAACCAAACCCACAAAAAAAUCACCCCAAAACCCAAGCUGACAAAUGAGUAACAGAAACCACAGACUCAAAUUGAGUGUAGUAUUUGCCAGACAGUAGGUAAUAAGCUUGAGUGUGGUGAGAGAAAUUAUUUGGAGAAUACUGAAAUUAAUAAGCACAGUACAUAUUUUUCAGGUGUUGAAUAGCUUUUUAAGAGACAGUAUUUUCAGGUAACUCUAGCCACAUAGGCAGCUGUACUGAAGCAUACUGGUACCAGCCAGCAAUAAUGGCAUCUGCAGGAAUGAACCUGAAAAUACUGGUAAUCUUGUAUAUUUUUUAAGUUCUUUAAAGAGAUUUUUAAAAACAGAAAAUGAGAUUUGAUCACUGAAGGUCUUUAUCUUCUGCAACAGAGGUUGCAAUUGUCUUUUUUUCUUUAUUUCACUUACUAGAUAAAAGGGAAUUUGGGUGCCAUCUUUCUGUAAACUCUUAGUGUGUUCUCUGUAAUUCAAGUCUCUUAGUGGAUAAUACAGUCAAUUUCUGCUGACAGUUUGAAAAUAAGAGAAUAUGUGGCAUAGCCUACAUCUCUAAUACUUUUCCAAGUUUAAACUUGUAAUUAAACAUACUGAAUACUGCCUUGUAAUUGCAGAAUUCCAUACUUGUAGCUUAGCUUAAUUUUGUAAGUGGGCUUAACUUGUGCAGAACACUUCUCCAUGUACAGAGGCUCAGUCCUCUCUCUUAAGUAGAAAGAAAUGUCUUGGAGGAAGAAAAGGUGUGUCAAGUUAACUCCUGUUCGUACUUCGUAGCCAACCAUUCAUAAAGCACUGUGUUUUGGGUUUAGAAUGGGAAUUGUGGUUUUACCUAUGAAUGCUCUUUUUAAAUAUGUAAGGAUUGCCAAAUGAAGAUAUGAAUAUUAGAAGAUAACUAUUCCAUGGUAUCAAAAGUUGGAUUGAAUGAAAGUCUUUGAGCCAACUUCUUCAAGAAACAAGAAAAUUUCUAAGGCAAAGUUAGCCCAGUGGUUAACCAUGGUAAUUUUUAAUUCUUUAGAACACUAUGCAUGGUUUUAAAGUCUGUUAAGUAUUGUAAUGAGUAAGCCAUUGUAUCCUUUGUAUUUCCCUUCAGUAUAACUUGGGGAAAAGCUACUUCAGAAUAUCAGUGAAGUUAUUUUCCUUUUGAAAAAUAUAACAGCAAAGGAAAAAUAUUAGGUAUAAAUUCCUAAAAAAUACCUUAGUACUUAAUAGGCUAAAGAAUACUUAUACUGAACUUCUGAUAGCAUUCUUGCAUGGAUUAGUGGAGGAAAUUAUUGGUGUGACUACAGACUAUGUACUCCCAUUGCACACGUUUUACAUGGUAACAGUGAAAGAAUGUCUCCCUGCAAAUUCUGAUUUUCUCCAAAAGGCAGCUUGCUUUUAUAUCUAUGCAUCUUUGAGGAUUUCAAGAUAAGAUUUUAUUCUUUUGACACUGUAAAGAGGAACUGUUUAAAAAUGAACCUGGAAACUCUGCACCUGUAUACAAACUUUUUUAGCAAUAAAGCAGCACAGGCUGAGAAUGCA